AUGGACUCUCCGAUCCGACUCACCGUCCUCAUAUCCGGCAAUGGCUCGAACCUGCAAGCAGUGAUUGACAAGACCCGCGCGGGGCAGUUGCCCACGAACAUCAUCCGGGUGAUAUCGAACCGCAAAGAUGCCUACGGUCUGGAACGCGCACGGCAGGCCAACAUCCCGACGCAGUACCACAAUCUGGUGAAGUAUAAGAAGCAGCAUCCUGCGACGCCCGAGGGCGUGCAGGCCGCGCGCGAGGAAUAUGAUGCGGAGCUGGCCCGGUUGGUCCUGGCCGAUCAACCGGAGAUGGUGGCUUGCUUGGGCUUCAUGCACGUCCUGUCGCCGCGGUUCUUGGAGCCGUUGGAGGCGGCUAAUGUGAAGAUCAUUAACCUGCACCCUGCGUUGCCGGGGGCCUUCAAUGGGGCUAACGCAAUUGAGCGCGCUCAUGCCGCCUGGCAGGAGGGCAAGAUCGACAAGACCGGCGUCAUGAUCCAUAAGGUGAUCUCGGAGGUGGAUAUGGGCACGCCGAUUCUGGUGCGCGAGAUCCCAUUCGUCAAGGGCGAGGACGAGGACCUCCAUGCGUUCGAGGAGAAGGUGCAUGCGAUCGAGUGGGGGGUGGUCAUUGAGGGCGUGCAGCUUACGGUCCAGGAGAUCCGCGAAGAGAAGCAACGCGCUUCCACGAGCGCUUGA